CCCACAGUAUACAAUACACGCGACUCUCUCUCUCUCUCUCUAACGCUCGGUGCGCGUGAGUGUGUGUAUGCGCGUGUACAGCUUUGUCUCUGAUUGCGCUCGCGCACCAUCUGCUUCUCUCUCGCGCUCGCGCUCUCUAUCUCUCUCUCAUUCAGCACUGUUAGCGUCACUCCGGCUCUCUCCCUUUCUGCUCCAAAUUUCGGCAAUAUGGCCCCUGCUUCCCGUAAUGGCAGAAACGAUGCGGACCACUACAGUAUCAAAGGAGACAGGAAGACAAGAAAGCCGUUGGUGGAGAAGAAGCGGCGCGCGAGGAUUAAUGAAAGUUUGCAGGAGCUGCGCUUGAUGCUAGCUGACUCAGAUGCGCAAACAAAGAUGGAGAAUGCUGAGGUUUUGGAAAUGACCGUGAAACACGUGGAAAGUAUUCUUCAAAACAGAGCCAAAGCAGCUGACAACAUGAACCGUGAGGCGAGUGAGCGGUUUGCAGCUGGGUAUAUCCAGUGCAUGCACGAGGUGCACACUUUUGUGUCCAACUGUCCUGGCAUUGAUGCCACCAUUGCCGCUGACCUUCUCAACCAUCUGCUCGAAUGCAUGCCUUUAAACGACGAGGAUCGCUUUCAGGAUCUCCUGUCCGAUCUGAUCGGAGAUGCCAACGUUAGCGCCUGGCCGAGUGAGGCGAUGUACCCUGCGCUGUCCCCCCAGGGAGGAAGUGCAUCUGCUAGCCAGUCGUUCCACUCCCCAUCCCCUUCCAGCACGUCCAGCGACGACCUGUGCUCGGACAUCGACGAGACCGACACGGAACACGGCCACGCCAAUAGUCGGGACCCACAGGACAACAUGCCCACGAUUUUCCAUUCCAAAUCAGUAUGGAGACCCUGGUAGACCUGGACUGGAUUAAACUGGAAUGACCUCUUUGAUUACGUCGGGUUAUAUAUAUGCAACCUGUAGCUGUUAGUGUGCAGAUUGAUUUAGAAGGACACGUAUGAGUUUAACUGGAUAUAAGGAAUGUCUGUGACAGUAAUGAGAAGCUCUUCAUGGUGAAACAGCUAAAAUCACCUAAACAUCAGCAUAUUUGUAGCCUAUUUAAAUGUUUUGUAAAAGCUAAGUUAAGACAUUUUAAUGGAUAUUUGUUGUUUUAAUGGUUUACUUGUACCUUAAUAAUAUUGUAGUAGAUGUUGUGUAUAUAUUUCGUUGUUACUGUAGAUAUACUAUUGAUGAUAUGACUUGUUUUCUUCAUUAAACAUUUUGCCCAGUCA